AUGAGUUUUGGACUGCCCUCAUUGAAGGUUAAACCUGAAGUAUCAACUAAUAUCACAGUUCAAGAUGGUGUAUUUGGAAUUCCUGACCCCAUGGUGGCUGGUAUUAGUGCUACAAAGAACAAGUUGGGCCAAUGCCAUCCCUUGCAAGUUUCAGAGAAAAAUUACCACUUAAAUACAGAAAAGAUGGACAUGGCAAUGCUCCGUAAUGUCCAAGGCCUUCAUGCACCCAUGAAACUCACCAUGGAACGGAAGUUUGCUAGCAAGAUUGGCCGUCUUCCUUUCCUCCCAAGUUCUAACUUACAACAUGAUGUGUUUACCGGAAGAUAUUUAGAUAUUGGUUUUGAAGACAUUCUUAACACUCCAGAAUUUUGUGAAGUCAAUGGGCAACCUCAUGCUGUAGUUGAGAGGUCCCUUGGUCUACUUUAA